AUGGCUGACCAACAGUCAAGUGAAUGGCAAGCACCCAGUUGGAACGAAGAGCUCUUCGAUCCUCUGUGGAUGCCUGAUUACAAUGCGCUGGACUUUUCGCUGGACUUUUCACUCAAUGUUCCUGACGUCAACUCCUCGUUACACGCGACCGAACAAGUGAGCAACAGCAACUUGGAUUCUGCGUAUGAUUUCGCCAAUACCUUGGCCGCUAGGAUCGACACUCCGCCAGCUCCUAAUCGCGCGUUCGACCAGGUCCCGUAUCAGACGAGCACGCCACAGGAACGACCGGUACAUCAUCGUCAACAUACACUGCCUCGGCGGCGGAGCAAGUAUGUUCUACGUCGAAAUAGUAGCAGGAGUAGCCCAGUGGCGAUUGCAAGCCCGGGGAUCAGCCCUCGUCCAUUCGAAGCGCAGCCGCUUACUAUGCAGCGCUGGCAAAAUUCACCUCCAGAGGAUGAAGCAGCCACGCUAUCUGCCAUUUGCAAUGCCCUUGAUGGUCGACCCCUCGGUAUCUCUCCUCAACACAGCAGGCCAUCGAGUCGCGAUGCCUUUCGCAAACACCGUGGGCCUUCGUCGACAACAAGCCUUGACUCGGCUGCAAGCGAAUCCUCUCUGCGCUCGUGCAACUCGAGCCAAUCCGUAGCAUCUCACUCGAAUCGCCGCAGUCAGACGUCCAAGUCGCGUGUCAAGGCGAAAGCAAAGGGGCGCAACAUGUCUGCCGCAGAUCGUAUCUUCAAGUGCACUUUCUGCUGCGAUACCUUUAAGCACAAAUAUGACUGGGCGCGGCAUGAAAAGUCGCUUCAUCUCAACAUGGAGGAGUGGAUAUGCACGCCGAAUGGUGGCUCUGUGCUAUCGCCUUUGACAGGAAGAGUGCACUGUGCAUAUUGCAACGUUCUUGAUCCGAGCCUGGAGCAUUUGCAAGAGCACAACCAUGCGGCCUGUCUAGAGGAUCGAGCCACUCCACGAGUGUUUCGUCGGAAAGACCAUCUCGUGCAACACCUACGGCUCUUUCAUGGCCUAGAGACUUUGCCAUUGAUUGAUGAUUGGAAGGUAGAGUCCAUGCCAGUAAAGUCUCGGUGUGGAUUCUGCGACAUGGCGCUGCGCAACUGGGAUGAACGUGCGGAUCAUCUUGCUGCCCAUUACCGAGAAGGAAAGACAAUGGCGGAUUGGAAGGGAGAUCACGAUUUCGAGCCUGCUGUUGCUGCGCGUGUGACGAGAGCGUUCCCACCGUGGCUAAUCGCAUCUCAAUCUACCACUCUGGUUCCGUUCUCAGCAACCGAUCCAGCAGCUCUUGAUCACACAAACCAGCUACUGGCACACGUCAAACUAGAAGCCACGCAAGCUAGAGAUGCAGAGACCACAGACUUGGAUGCAGGUGAACGUUGGCCUGAUUCCAACGUGCAAUUUAUGCCUUCGCAACAGGAAGUCGAUACAGCGACCUUUGCCGACAUUCUGAGUAGCCACCUCAGUCGUUUCGCUCGACAGCGGAUGUUACAGGGUAUCAUACCUACCGACGAGAUGUUCCAGAAUGAGAGUCGGCGAUUGUUAUUCUAUGAUGGAGACGAUAAAUGGAACCAGACGGUAGCCGACGAUCCUACUUGGCUGCAGGACUUUAAGCAGCGUUCUGGCUUUGAUGGAGGUAGUGGGAGAUGA